UUGGCCGAUCACUCAGUCUAUAGCUAAGGCGAUCCACGGUCCUUUGGGAGCUUGUGGCCGGCUGGUUUGCUAGCAGAAUUGGUCCGUGAACCUCCAGGACUGCCAUGGCAGAGCCACAAGCCGCAUCCAGCGGCCUCACGGAUGAAGCCGCCCUCGGCUGCUGCUCCGACCCGGACCCCAGCACCAAGGAUUUCCUACUGCAGCAAACAAUGCUGCGAGUCAAGGAUCCUAAGAAGUCCCUGGAUUUUUACACGAGGGUUCUUGGACUGACGCUACUCCAGAAGUUUGAUUUUCCUACUAUGAAGUUUUCACUCUAUUUCUUAGCUUAUGAGGAUAAGAAUGACAUCCCCAAGGAUAAGAAAGAAAGAACAGCGUGGACGUUCUCCAGAAAAGCUACACUUGAGUUGACACACAACUGGGGCACUGAAGAUGAUGAGACCCAGAGUUACCACAAUGGCAACUCAGACCCUCGGGGAUUUGGUCACAUCGGGAUUGCUGUUCCUGAUGUCUACAGUGCCUGUAAGAGAUUUGAAGAACUGGGUGUCAAGUUUGUGAAGAAGCCCGAUGACGGUAAAAUGAAAGGUCUGGCAUUCAUUCAGGAUCCUGACGGCUACUGGAUUGAGAUUCUGAAUCCCAACCAAUCAUCGGCGAUUGUUUAAUUCUGUGAGAAUUCUCUUUUGAGGUAUUGGGGACAAGAAACAGUGUGAAUCAAGAUGCUGAGGCACUAGCCGCAUCAAGGACUGAUGGAUCUUCGCUCCAGUUCAAAUCAUUUGAAAUCCUUUUCAUUGUCCUGUUUCAGCAGGAUUUUAAAAUCUCCCAUCCUCUGUUUAGUAAACCUAACU